AUGGAGGCCAUCGGACUCCGCGGCAGUCACGUGGAGCGCCUCAUCAACAGUGAGCGCUUCACCCAGGAGGAUUGGUGGGACAUCCACUAUGAAGUCAACAAGAACUGCAGUCUGAUGUGCAACAGUGGCUAUAACUUGUGGCUCCUGGUUAGUGUGGCUGGGUUCUUCAUCAUAGCCAUUACUGAUGAUGAACUUGUCACUGAACUGAGCACCAACGCCCCUCUUGAAGAGAAGAAGUGCUACCUGGUUGAUGUUGGCUUCCCCGCCGCCAUGGUCGCCGUUCUCCUCAUGGCCAUCCCAGAAUCCCACAUGAUCAACAUGCAACCCAUGAAGCUCACAUAUGAAUUUGCUUAUGUAGGUGCCACUCUCUACUCUAUGCAACACGAAGGGAAGCUGCCACGUGGUUGGCUUGACGAUGCCAUCUUGAACCCCAGCAGUUUGCUGACCUUGGCGAAAGGUGGGGGAAGAUCCUCCUAG